AUGACAGAGAAGAAGCACCCGACGUUCCUGCAGUCCCUGGUGGCAGGUGGUGUAGCGGGAACGUCUGUAGACUUGCUGUUCUUCCCUAUAGACACUAUCAAAACGCGACUACAAUCCUCUCAAGGGUUCCUAAAAGCUGGAGGAUUCAAAGGGGUUUACAAGGGUGUUGGGAGCGUUGUGGUUGGGAGUGCACCGGGUGCUGCGUUCUUCUUUGCGACUUAUGAUACGAUGAAGAAGACGCUACCGCUGCAGGAUAACCUGGCACCGCUGAACCACAUGAUAGCCGCGUCUACCGGCGAAGUUGCAGCGUGCUUGGUACGCGUUCCGACGGAGGUGGUCAAGACGCGGAUGCAGACCUCUACGUAUGGCGCGUUGGGUACUUCGUCGUGGGCGGCUGUGAAGCUGGUGUUGGCUCAGGAAGGGAUCAAAGGGCUGUAUAGAGGAUACGGUAUCACAGUCAUGCGGGAGAUUCCAUUCACAUCAAUCCAAUUCCCCCUCUACGAAUUCUUCAAAUCGACGCUGUCCAGGAAACUGGAUAAACAGCCGCUGCCAGCGUACGAAGCUGCGCUGUGCGGAAGCUUGGCUGGUGGGAUUGCCGCGGCGCUUACAACGCCGCUGGACGUGCUCAAGACGCGAGUUAUGCUUGAUACCCGGGACCCCUCAAAACGCCAACUCCCCUCAAUCACAACCCGCCUACGGACAAUAUACACUACCGAAGGAUGGAGAGCCCUGUUUUCUGGUGUCGUACCACGGACGCUUUGGAUAUCCGCUGGCGGUGCUGUGUUUUUGGGGAUGUACGAGUUGGCGAUUAACAACAUGGUGGCUUGA